GUGGCUGGGAGUUGUAGUACCAAGCGGUCCACGGUUCCUUUGGUUCCCAGCGGCGAGGGUCGCCAGGAAAGGCAGCGUCUGCCCCGGGGGCGGGUUCAUUCCCUUUUAUUCGUUUACAGAGAAGGCUGUGGGUCGGCGUUUUCCUCCCAUGGACCGGUUCGUAGUGCGGGGCUGCGAGGCGGGCCCAGCACAGCCCCAGAGCAAGGUUUACCACCAGGCCACCCUGGAGUCGUUGAAGAGGGUCGUGGUGAUUGAAGAUAUUAAGAGAUUUAAAUCAAUAUUGGAACUCCCGAAUCAAACAAAGGAAAACCUAAUUGAAGCAUUACUGGAAUUAAAGAAGAAAAUACCCUCUCAGGAAGUACUUCGCUCAACAAAGAUCGGUCAUGCUGUAAAUAGGAUGCGGAAAAACGCAGACCCUGAAGUGGCCGAGCUUGCUAAAGUUAUUUUCACAACCUGGAGAGACUAUAUAAAAGAAAAUAAAAAUAAACCAUCCAUAGAAGUGCGAUGUGAUUCUAAGACUGUGAGAUUCAGGAAUAAUGCUCGAAAACUGUUCGCCAAAGUCUUGGAACUGGAGAUUGAACAUCCUCUGAUUGAAAACGUAGAACAAGAGGUUUUUUAUCAGUGUUCUCGUUUGAUCAAUAUUCCCUAUCGAAGGACAAUACGAACAUUAAUUUUUACUUUAAAACACAAGCCAGAAGUCCGAGAGCAUUUUAAAACCUACAAGUUACCAGUGAAGCAGCUUGUUGAAAAUCACAAGAAAUGUUGACAAUUUGAAAAAAAGUUUUUACAUGAAUUGUGAACUUCCACAAAUGUUUCCACAAACUGUAAACUAACUUUUUAAAGUACCGGCAAAUAACUAAAUGUGUGCACCCUGUCAUUAAAUACCUACAUUUGCACAGAGCUGCCAGAGCAUUCUGUAAAUCCAAUUUGAUCAAGAGUGUUUUAUCGUCAUAUUAUGUAUACAAUAUUGUAUUGAUUAUACGGUUUUGUAAUAUAGUAACAUUUUGUAAUAGUAAAAUUUACUUGUUCCAUCUGUACAAUGCAUUACAAUUUGUUUAACUCCUA